UUUGGAAGAAAGAUAUGGAAUCAUGCUUGCUCCUGAACAUGAGGUUAGAGAACAUGGAAAUCUUACAACUCAAGAAAGCUUGCAGGCAAUCAGAAAUACAGGUCCCGGGAGCUGGAGAGACACUUGUUCAGAAGCUGGGCCAAGAGAAUGGGAAUGUCGUCCUAAAUGAAGGAGAUGAAGACCUCAAUGAAUGCCAAAAAGAUCAAGCUGAAGCAGAAGCUGAUGGUGAUGAAGACUAUAUGUUUCCAAGUCCCGAAGAAAUGGAGAAGGCUAGGCCUCCAGAGGUUGGCAUGAUAUUUUCCACACUACAAGAUGCUCAUCGUUUUAUCAGUGUCUAUGGGCAAGUUACUGGAUUCGCUGUGAUUAAAGGAACGAACUACAAGCACAAGAAGAUAACAUUUGUGUGCAACAAAAGUAGGAAAGCAAGAGAGAAUGAUACAAGACAGAGGAAGCGGAGAAGAGAUGCCGUUGAACACACUCAAUGUCGCAUGAAGAUGACUGUGAAACUUGUUGCUGACAGAUGGGAGGUUACAGCAGCUAUGAAUGAGCAUAACCACCCACUUUGGUGUUCGCCCUUGUUGACCAGAUUUUUCAUGAGCCACAAGGACAUGUCAGAUGAAGAGAGACACUUCUCAAGAAUAUUGCAGGAAAGCAGAAUUAAGCCGGCAAAGAUAAUGGAAAUUUUCAGGAAAUUACAGGGGAGAUUCAAGAAUGUACGUGUCAGGAAAGUGGAUGUCAACAACUUGAAACAGUCUGACAGACUGAUGAAGACUAGGAAUACAGAUAUUGGAUGCACACUAGAGCAUGUGAGAAGAUUGCAAAAGGAGCAACCUGGGUUCUACUACACUAUGAAGACUGAUGAAGAUUGCACUAUAAGAAGUAUCUUUUGGACAGAUGCGCGAGCUAGACUUGGUUAUGCUUUAUAUGGAGAUUUCAUUCAUUUUAAUACAACUUAUAGAACCAUUGCAUACCACAUGCCAUUUGCGUCACUAAUUGGAAUUAAUGGGCAUGGUAAGCCAACUGUAUUUGGUUGGGCUUUGCUUGAAAAUGGUGAGGUAGAGACAUUCUCUUGGUUAUUCAGGACGUUUUUGGAUGUGAUGGAUGGCAAGAAACCAAGUAUUAUAAUUACACAUCAGGAUUCAGCUAUACAGAAAUCAAUUGCAGAGGUAUUCCCUACAGUUUUUCAUCGUUUCAGCAUGUGGCAUGUGGUGAAGGAAACUGCAGCUGAAGUUGGAGGUUUUAUGGUUAACAGACCUGGAAUGGAAGCUGAGCUGACACGUCUUAUUACAAAUUCUUUAACUACUGAAGAAUUUGAGAAUGGUUGGAAAGGAAUGCUUGAGAAAUAUACUGCAGAAUUGAAUGAACACUUGAAGCACAUGUAUUUGACAAGGUCUAUGUGGGUGCCAGUUUACUUCAAACAUGUAUUUUUCCCAUUUAUACGUUCCUUUGGACAUUGUGAGAGCACACAUUCAAUUUUCAAGGACUAUGUUCUGCAAGAGGAUACCAUAGAAACCUUCAUCAGUCAGUAUAACAUUUUCCAAGAGGAGGCUGUUAGCAUUGAUAGAUUUGAGUCAACUCUGCAAAAGCCAAUAUACUGUACUAGGCAACUAAUAGAAAGGCGUGCGGCAGAAAUUUACACAAUGGGGCUGUUCUCCAAAUUUCCGAAAGAGCUACUUGAUGCAUCAGCUUUCAAUGUUUUCGAAAAGGAGAAGGACAGAAUCUAUACAGUGCAGAGAGUCGUGGACUAUGAGGAUGCUGAAUUUCCCAAUGAUUCCUUCACUAUUGAAGUAGACAUGAAAAAUAAGACAUUUAACUGCAUAUGUUCAAAGUUUGAGCGAGAUGGAAUACUUUGUUGCCAUGUUCUUAGGCUCUUCACCCAGUUUGGAAUUAACGAGAUACCUGAACACUACAUCAAGCAGAGGUGGACAAAGAAGUUCAGGGAGCAGGAGUUACAAAAACUUUGCAUAGAAAAGACAGGAUCAACGGCUUCACAAAAUUCCCUGAGAUAUGCUAUGCUAUGCUUAUGAAUAGGAUGGCCGAAACUUGUGCUUCUGUAAGCAAGGAUCCAAGUCAAAGUCAAAUAUUCUUGGAAGAGCUUGAAAGGAUCCAGCAGAAGAUGUCAAGCAUUGCAUAGCUCACUGAGGGCACGGGUGAAAGAACUACACAAGAAGACGAAUGGAGGCAACACAAAUGAAUAGUGAGGAAAAGAGGGAGCACAAGAGAUCGUGUGCAUGCAUGAUCAGUACAAGAAGUACUGUAGUUUGUGUUAUUAGCUGGUUUGUUUAGGGGACAACGGACAAGUCAUUAUUUUGUGACUUUUUAUUAGAUGGCAAGCCAUUAGUUUGAGAUAAUUACUUUUUUUGAAAAACAAGAUAUUAGUAGUUUUGGGAUUAAUGUAAUGACAUAUCACUGCUUAUGCGGUACUUUAUUGGAUAUGCUAGUUCCAAGCUGGCAUAUCAGGUAACGGCUUGGUUGAAGGUUGGAUGAAUUUGGCAGGAAA